GCUGCUUCAUGCUCACAAAGACCACCCGCAUCUCGUUUCCCCAGAACUCAUAGUUCAAAUUGAUCAAGUGCACUCUUCCAUAUCAAUCGUUUCACCGCGUUACUCGAAUUACAAGACCGGCGUAGAACGAUGGGUGUUUUCGAAGAGGCAAAGUGCGCUGAAGCGCCUGCUACUACUCCGAGCGACGCGGGCGUCGCUGGUACUGGUAUCCUGUUAUCUUUCAUGAUCACGGCUUUCUUGGCCACCAUCCUCUCAUUGUCCGUGAUCGCCUCCGAAUUCCGAGGCAAAUCCACCAACAUUCGCCGCAAGUUGCUCGAUGGCUACAGCGAUUCCCAACUUGUGCAGGGUAUCGGUAUUCAGAGUGUUGGCCUGGCGAAAAUGAACACAAUGGUGCCUUACCACUUCUUCCUCAUAUGGAUGCUCUCGUUAUUGUCCAUGGCGACCCACAACGCCACUCUCUUGGCACUCGUACACGACUAUCGUCGCGACUGGGUUGUGAGAUGGCUGCGGCAGUUCCUCAUGUUUGUGAACCUCGCCUUGUCCUGCGUCUGCGGCAUCUUCAUCCUCCAGGCUGUCGCAAAGGGUCUUGAUGAUCAGACUUUGCCAAUCGCCUGCGUCUGGGAGGUAGGCGGGAAUGGGGCUCCGUCCAACGCAGGGCUAUCCUACGUUGGCACCAUUGUCGUCAUAGUGGGCAACUGCGCUGUCUUUGCCCUGGCAACAUGGUACCUUCACAGCGCAAGGCAGAGAUUUUUCAAGAUCAUCCAAGGCGUUGGAAUUUUCUUAAUGGCGGCCAUUGCCAUUGGGGCUGCCGUUCGCAUCAUACUUCUAUCUCAGGCCUUUGGGAAUCCUUCAGUUGAGCUGGAUGACCAAGGCGAGAAGGAGUGGAGUUUUGGGCAGCUCUUGUCCAUGCUGUUAUUAGUUCUUCCAUUGGUAUCGGUGGUUGAGAUCUAUCGUGGAGAGAUGACACUUACAUCGACCGUCAAGGAGCAGCGUGGCCGCGUUCUUGACAACGAGAUGCAAACGUUCCUGAAGUGAGGAUCGAACCGAGCCAAGCACCUGCCACCCCGAGUUGUUGAAUGUGUUAUAUUGAGGCUCACGGCCUCUGCU